CCGGCCGAACGUUGCUGUGUCCGCCUCCGGGGCUGCGUUAUUGAAGGAAGUGGAGUUAGUCUGACAUGAGUUUCCACUACGGCCAGGGCUAUCCAGGAGGGGGCAACCCACCCCCAGGGGGGCCAUAUGGGGGAGGCCAUGGUGCCUAUAGGCCUGCCCCCUCAGCUCCAUACGGAGGUGCUGCAGGUCCACCAAGAGGUCCUUAUGGUGGUUAUGGAGCCCCAGGUCAUGGAGGGCAAUAUGGGCAUGGACCAGGGGCUGCCCCCAGUGGGCCUUAUGGGGGUUACGGGGGACAGCCUCAUGGAGGACCUUAUGGACACCAUGCUCCUGCAGGUAACAUUCCUCCUGGUGUUAACCCAGAGGCGUACCAGUGGUUUCACACUGUUGACACGGACCACAGCGGCUUCAUCAACCUCAAGGAGCUGAAGCAGGCACUUGUCAACUCCAACUGGUCGGCUUUUAAUGACGAGACCUGCCUCAUGAUGAUCAACAUGUUUGACAAGACACGGUCAGGUCGAAUGGACGUGUUUAGCUUCUCAGCACUGUGGGACUUCAUGCAGCGGUGGAGAGCGUUGUUUCAGCAGUAUGACAGAGACCGCUCAGGGUCUAUCAGUGGCACAGAGCUUCACCAAGCCCUCGCUCAGAUGGGCUACAACCUCAGUCCCCAGUUCUCUGAGACGUUGGUGCAGCGCUUCUCCUUCCGGGGCGGGCGACCCGGCAUCCAGCUGGACCGCUUCAUCCAUGUGUGCACCCAGCUCCAGAGCAUGACGCAGGUCUUCAGGGAGAGGGACACGUCCAUGACGGGCAACGUCCGGCUCAACUAUGAGGAUUUCCUCUCUGGUGCCAUCACCAGGCUCAUGUGAGCCACUGACAGUCCUCUCUGCACUGCGGAUACACAGCAUCAUUCCAUGUUCAGGUCAUAUUCUGCUCAGUUUUCAGGCUUCUCCCAUAAGUGCCCCCACAUCUUGGUAUGUAUGCAGUACAGCCAGUCCACAUUAUUCCAUGGCUUGUUGCUGUAAAUAAAGCUCUUGUUAAGGCAACUAAAACCUUUACUGCAUUAAGGUUACACUCCAAGUUCUUCUGAGCAGUCUUACCAUAGAUGCCUUGGUGAUAGUGACAAUUUGCAAGUCUCUUGUUUACUAACAUCAGCACUGAACAUUGGACUAGAGGAGAUAAAAGAAAAUAAGUGAAAGAAUGAAACGAAUUCACUAUUGAUAAUUGCUCUGCUCCUACAGUAGAGUACAUGCAUUUGUCUGUAUGACAACGACUAUGAUAUAUCUGUGAAUUUCCUCACAUGCAGCAUUUACAUGGCACUGUGCCAUUAAAACAUUACCCUUUUAAAUUCAUAUAUAUAUAUCAGGGGUAUUUCCACUCUGGUUGCACAUUGUAUUGAAUAUUGCUUUUGUUGCAAUGUGUGUAAAAAAAAAAAAAUGCAUGUUUUCUAAUACCUGAGUUAUACUAACCUCACAUUUAGUGGAGUGCUGCUUUUAAAGCCCUGUAACUAAGUCAUUUGGAGUGUUUAGAAAGAAAAUGUUUCUUUGUUUUUUUGCCAAAUUGCUUUCCUGUAAGCCAGUAUCAUCCAUAGAUUAAAAAAAUAUAUAUAUCUGUGACCAAAACAUAAAAGACCCAACGCAAUGAACAAAGCAGGUUCUCCAUGAUGUUUGUCACUUUCUCCUCAGUGACUCUGGGGCCAACAUUGUAACAGAUAACACACACCACUGAGGUAUACGUUAUAUUCUGAUUGCUGAAUAUGCCAAAACGGUUCUUAAUGCCAGAAAUAAAUAAAUGCUUUUGUAUCACA